UUCCUAAUCUGUCCAAAGAAGAAGGCCAGGUUCAGACACCACAGCAUCUUCUUCCCAUUUUUCCAGCGUACCUCGCAAAACUGAGCCACCGCCGAGCUGAGUCGCCGAGCACGAGUUCCAGCUCGGACCCUUUGAUUCCCCCCCGCCGUGCCUGCCGCCGCCGCCGCCGGCGACGUACCGCUCCGAUGGCAUUCGCGGAGUUCCGGCCGCUGGACGAGAAGUCCCUGGUGGAGUACAUCCAGUGCACGCCCGCUCUCGCCUCGAAGCUGGGGAACAGGUUCGAUGGCCUGGAGAUCAGAGAAGUCGGGGACGGCAACCUCAACUUCGUCUACAUCGUCGUGGGCUCUGCCGGCUCUUUCGUCAUCAAGCAGGCUCUCCCUUACAUUCGGUGCAUCGGGGAAUCAUGGCCAAUGACGAAAGAGCGAGCAUACUUCGAGGUAGUGGCAUUGAAAGAGCAUGGGCAUUGGUGCCCGGAUCAUGUUCCGGAGGUUUAUCACUUCGACCGUACUAUGUCUCUGAUGGGCAUGCGCUACCUAGAGCCUCCACAUAUAAUCCUGAGGAAAGGACUGAUUGCUGGAAUUGAGUACCCAUUACUCGCGGAGCACAUCUCAGAAUAUAUGGCAAGAACCCUUUUCUGCACGUCCCUUCUGUAUCAUUCCACCACGGAGCACAAACGCGCAGUAGCGGAGUUCUGCGGGAACGUCGAGAUGUGCAGGCUGACUGAGCAGGUUGUUUUUUCUGACCCUUACAAAGUAUCCCAAUACAACCGUUGGACUUCACCUUAUCUGGAUGCUGAUGCUGAGGCUGUAAGGGAGGACAAUGAGUUAAAGCUUGAAAUAGCCGAGUUGAAAUCUAUGUUCUGUGAAAGAGCGCAAGCACUGGUACAUGGCGAUCUCCACACUGGUUCGGUCAUGGUUACCCAAGAUUCGACCCAAGUAAUAGAUCCAGAAUUCGCAUUUUAUGGGCCAAUGGGGUUUGAUGUUGGAGCCUUCCUAGGAAAUUUGUUUUUGUCAUUCUUCUCUCAGGAUGGUCAUGCAAAUGAAGGGAACGACAGAAAGGCAUACAAGGAAUGGAUUUUGCAAAGCACUGAAGAGACGUGGAAUCUAUUCCAACAGAAGUUUGUAAGCCUCUGGAAUGAACACAAGAAUGGGUCUGGUGAGGCGUAUCUGCCAGCAAUCUAUAACAAUGAUGUGCUGCUCGAGCUGGUCCAGAGGAAAUUCAUGAAGGAUUUAUUCCAUGAUACCCUUGGAUUUGGUGCUGCCAAAAUGAUAAGGAGAAUUGUUGGGGUUGCACAUGUGGAGGAUUUUGAGUCCAUAACCGAUGCUGGUAAGCGUGCAGACUGCGAGCGCCGAGCUCUCAAUUUUGCCAUGAUGCUUCUUAAGGAAAGGCGGAAAUUCGAAGGAAUCGGUGAAGUAGUCUCAUUAGUUCGGAAAUUGAACUGAGCCUUGGGCUUAGUGUAUCGAGGUUCCUCUGGGUCCCCCCUCCUUUACUGUUGUGAGUCCUUAUGCAUAUCAAAACUUAUGAACGCUCUGAAGUUCCAGUAUAAUGUCCAAUUCAUCAGCAACUUUAUGCUGCCUUGGAUGGUUAGUUCCACUGAUGAGUCAUUGGUCUGGCGAUGAAUCUACUUGGAGGUUUGUCUACUUCGGAUCAUGGAUGAUGAUUAUGCUGAGCCUUUCUCGACUUUGCUUAAUACAGAGCUGGUUAUGGAACUA